AGGAGGGUAAGAACGCCGCUCGGCCUCGUCUCGCUCGGACUCGGUUGGCCUCGCUCGGACUCGGCUCGGCUCGGCUCGGCUCGGCGCGGCCGUGGAGUUAGAAAAGGAUGUGAGCGGGAGGCGGCGGCGCAGAGGGCGCGGAGCAUCCCGGCCGUGCGCCCGGCGGGCGGAUCGGGGCUUCGUGCCGGGCAGGAGGAGCCGCCGCGAUGGGGGACUUCUACGACCCCGAGCACCCGACCCCUGACACGGCUUUCACACUGAAGGAUCCCAGUGGACACCAUAAACCUAAUGCACCUAGCAGCGCUGAAAUUGCAGUCACCUCUGAGGUGGAAAGGGACCACAGGUGUAUCUUUUCAGAGAAUAUGGAUGGGUCUGAAGAGGUAGAAAGGGAAGAAGAAAAUGAGGGCAAGAGUGAAAAUGUCCAGAAACCCGGCUUUGUCAAAGGCCCGGCGGUCUUCAAGGGGGUGGCGUCCAGCCGUUUCCUACCCAAAGGCACCCGGACGAAAGUGAAUCUGGAGGAACAAGGGAGACAGAAGGUCUCUUUCAGCUUCAGCCUCACCAAGAAGACGUUGCCAAACCGGUUUCUGGCUGCAUUGGGGAACGAGAAGCCAAGUGAAGGCCCAAGCACGUCGCUCCCACCCCUCCCGAGUGACUUCACUUCUAAGGCAAAAGCAGAACUCAGCGAUCCCUUGGGGGUCUCCGAGGAAUUUUCCCCCCCAAAGCCAAAGGCGGAACUGGGCAAGAUUCAUUUCAAGAAACAUUUGUUAAACGUUACCACAAAACCUUUCCCAGUUUCUGCAGUGCCUCCAGUCCCAGUAGCUCCACCACCACCUGCUGCAGUAGAAUUGGGGGAGAUGCCGUCAUCCCCUCCUCCCCCUCCUCCCCCUCCCCCUAUUCCUCUGCAGAUAAAGCCAGCUCCCACACCAGUGCUGAUUCCAAUAAGUGCACCCCAAGUUGCAGCACCAGCCCCCAUCACUCCUCUGCUGAUACCCCUUGUGGAAACCGCCAUCCGAACGACAAAAGAACCACCGCCCAAUCCGGCACAGGAGACUUUGGAACUACAGAAUGCCGUGGUAGGGGGUUCUGAAGCACCCCUGGCUCCUGGUGUUUCUGAGGAUGUCGAGCCAGCAUUGGUGAAAAGACAUCCCUGCGUUGCGAAGGAAGAAGAAAUGGCAGAAGUUUCCAAGGGUGCCCCAGGUUCAAAGAAACCAAGGAGAAAGUUCUCAUUGUCAGAGGGGGUGUUGCCAGGUUCUGAAUCCGAUGAAGAUUCGGUGAGGACCUCCUCAAGUCAGCGGUCCCACGAAAUCAAGGCAGCAGCCAGCUCGGAGAAAGAAAAGGACUCGCGGAAAAGCUCUGCGGCUUCAAAAACGGAAGAGCCAUCAAAGGUCUCUCUGCGAUCUAGAUCAGAAAGGGAUGAAAAAUAUUCCAGCUAUUCACGACCGGAAAGAGAUUCGAGGUACUCCUCCCGGUCCAGAUCAGAUAGAGAGAGGAGGCGAAGCCGCUCCCGCUCCCGUCCUAGAUCUGAAAGGGGCUCUAGAACCACCUCAUCUUAUUCUAGAUCCGAGCGGUCCCAUUACUACGAUUCUGACCGGAGAUACCACAGAAGCUCCCCAUAUAGAGAGAAGACACGGUAUUCCCGCUCUUACCUGGACAGCCGGGUGAGAGAGAGUUCCGAUUCGGAAGAAGAAUACCGGAGGAUGCAUUCUAGAUCGUCUACAGAUUCACGGCAUGCGUCUUCUCACUCCUCAUCUUACAGAGAUUCCAGGACCUCGUCCUCUUACUCAAAGUCGGAGAGGGAAAGCAGCAAGUCAGAUUCUGCUUAUCCCGAUGUGGAGAGAAGAGGAAAACAGGCCAGGUUAGAAAGGGAAACACGAAGGAUUUCUGAAAGCGAAAUAUCGAAAAGGUGCUCCCCUGUCAGCGAGCUGCGACAUCGGCGGGACGCCUCCCAUUCUAAAGCAGAAGGCAGCGGGAAUACAUCCCGAUCCAAGCCCACCUCUUCCAAGUCAUCUGCACCCAAGUCAGAUAAAUUUAAGAGUUCUUUCUGUUGUACAGAAUCUGAGGACAUCAAAGAUCAGUCUAAUUGUGUAGACUCGGAGGCUUCUAGCGUACCAGACUGUGAAACGAAAACCGCUCAUUUGCAGAAGCCAGAAACUGCUUCUCCAGUAAGUCAGUUCAGUGACUGCCUGACAUUCGGAAAGCUGGAGGAAUCAAAAACAGGUUCUCCUCUUUCUAAGAUGAAUGAACUUGCAGGAAUGGAUAGCCAUAUCAGUAUUGACCCGGGAUCUUUAGGUAACAUAAGAGGUGAUCAUUUAAGAACAUCUUCUCCAGUAGAACUGGAUACAAAUGGGUCCCCGGAAAGGAGGACCCCGAAGAGGUUAUCCUCUUCCUUUGAAGUAGAAGAGAUUGACCUGUCUUCUGACGAUAAUUUAGAUAGACCUGAGCUACCCCGUCAAGCCAAAAGUCCUAGACUGUCAUCAGAUGGUCUCCAAAACCUAUCUCUACCCAAAAGACACAAUCCAGACGAGUCUCUUAUUUUUUCUGGUGAAUCCAAACUUCAGCUGCUGGAAGAAAAAAUUGAGGUUUCAAAUCUUGCUUCAUCUGAAUAUGUAUCUUCUUUUACCAAGCAGGUCAGUCACUCUAAAAUCUUGUCUAAGGAAGGGAGUGAUCCAAGAGAUCCCUCUUGUAAAACCAAAGAUCCCACCCCGUGCUACUUGCCAGAGGACGCCUCUGUUUCUUUGUGUUAUUCAGAAAUUGAAAUUGAAGUGGAGCCUUCAGACACAGAAGCUACUCAAGAACCUCCUGCGGGCGUUCACGCGGAGAUCCCCAUUCAAUCCUUCACGUCAACUGACAUAGAGGAUCAAAAUCCAUCCGGGUUGGCUCAGGAAAAUGAGAAAUACACAGGUUUCAGUUCAGUGGAGCCUACACCAGUCAGAGGUUUUAGAGCAGAAGAAUAUUUUGUGGAAGUAGACAAUCAGCACGUUGCACAGCAACAACCAGCUUCUGAAAAUAUGCUCCAUCUUGAGACUCCCAUCCAACAGAAGGCUAAAGAAGUCUUAAUGUGUCCUGAAGUUGCCCUGGAAUUAGAUAUCCUGCCUGCAGAGUCCAUUGUCCAAAAAGUGAAAUCUCCUUUGAAGAAUGAGCAUUGCUAUUAUUUAGAGAUGCCAGUGAAGGAACCAGAGAAGGAGGAACUUGAGGAGAAAGAUGCAGUUGUCUUUGAUGAAGGGACGGCGUCCGACAUGGAUGAACCAGCUCCUGGAGUUUUGGUGAUGAAAGACAAAGAAGACUCUCUGAUAGAAUCCGCCUUUUCAGAUAUAUUGUCCCCUUCUUGUCAUAUCGUUGUCACCGUAGAAGAAACCGAAACCAUAGAAGAAGAGCCCAGAUACGGUAGCGGCAGCAAUACUCCAGAAAUCUCUUCUGUCCACAAUGAAGAUUAUUCCGAUACGGCCGAAAGCGCAAGCGAGCAUCCGAGCGACGAGAGCGAGAGCGAGGGCUCCGAUUCGGAUGAUAGCAGCGUUCCGAGGAACCGCCUUCAAUCUGUGGUGGUCAUUCCAAAGAAUUCCACCCUGACCCUGGAAGAGAGCAGCUCGUGUUCUUCACGCAACAGCCAAAGUAACCGACGUUACUUGGAUCACUGGGAAGACAGCCGGCCCGAGUCCACCAAGCCGUUCUCGGAAGACAUGCCCGAUAGUUUGGAAAUGAACAACAACCUGCCAAAUGAAAUCAGAGCUUUGCCUUCUAGAGAGACAGAGAGAAGCUUAGCAACGUCGACAGAGCUCAAGAGAACCGAGGGGCCGGCGGGUCUUCAGCCACAGGCCUCCCAAGCUCAGAGUGACGAUGUCGACAGCACCAGCCACUCCGAGCCAGCCCCUGAUGCUUUCCAUAAGCCGGACGAGAGAAUCGUCUAUAGCGAGACAACUGCGGUCACUCGGUCAGUCGGCGUGUCCCAAGGAGAAGACCUGCACUACCUUUCCAGUUUUGAAAUGACCAACACGAUGUCCAGGUCGCAGGCCGGCGUUUCCAAGUCGGACCGUAGGCAGGGAAGGUCUGCAUUUGCGGGUCUCUCCCAUCCUGCCGAUUUCUCGCGGGAGGAUGGCUUUCAUUCGACGGAGGACUUGGGGAGUUUGGGGUGGGAUUUCUCCCAACCCGAGAAGCCCAGCAGCACAUACCAACAACCUGAUAGUAGCUAUGGAGUUUUCCCAGGUUAUGUUUACCCCCCACCGCCAGGCCCGUAUAUGGGGUCUCACGGUUAUUGGCCUGACAGUGGCUACUGGGAUCCAAGGCUGACCAACCGGCCUUCUGCAAUUAGUUACGAGCGUAUGCAAGGACAGGUCCCUGAUUCGCUCACCGAGGAUCAUGAGGAGUACGAAGAAGUGGACCGAUGGGUGGACGAAAGCCAACUCUAUUUCCCUGACCAGUCGGUGAAGUUCCAGUCACGGGACCCCAGGGAAAAGGGGUCAGUGCAGGCCCACGAGAUCAGCAGCAACUCGGCCAAAGACUUCCCAACGACUUCCCGAGAGAGAAAAGAACAAGAGGCAAAGGCGAUGGAAAGAAGUGACAUGAAAGAACGGGGGCCGCUAAAGAAAAGGUUAACUGACUUGGGGAGCGAUUCGGAGAGCGACGGGGGCUCCCAGGAAAGGAAGAAAAUCAAAACAGAGAGUGAGCCGUUGCCCAUCCUGCCUCAGGGUUCCCCGACGGAUCAUCCGUUGUGUUUCAUGGAAGACUUCCGGGACCCCCAGCGUUGGAAGGAAUGUGCCAGGGAAGGGAAGAUGCCCUGCUACUUCGACCUCAUUGAAGAAAAUGUGUAUUUGACAGAAAGAAAAAAGAACAAGUCGCACCGGGACAUCAAACGGAUGCUGUGUGAAUGUCCAACUGUUUCCAAAGAAGAAAUAGCCCAGGGAGAGGUGGCGUGCGGGGAGGAUUGUCUGAACCGUUUGCUGAUGAUCGAAUGUUCCUCAAGGUGUCCCAACGGAGAGCAUUGUUCGAAUCGGCGGUUUCAGAGGAAGCAACACGCAGACGUGGAAGUCAUUUUGACGGAGAAGAAAGGCUGGGGGCUCAGAGCGGCCAAGGACCUCCCUUCUAACACCUUUGUCCUGGAGUACUGUGGAGAAGUCCUGGAUCACAAAGAAUUCAAAACUCGAGUGAAGGAAUACGCCCGAAACAAGAACAUCCAUUAUUACUUCAUGGCCUUGAAAAAUGAUGAAAUAAUCGACGCCACACAAAAAGGAAAUUGCUCUCGUUUCAUGAACCACAGCUGCGAGCCAAAUUGUGAGACACAGAAGUGGACAGUGAAUGGACAGCUGAGGGUUGGCUUUUUCACCACCAAGCUAGUAACUUCUGGCUCUGAGCUCACCUUCGACUACCAGUUCCAGCGAUAUGGCAAAGAAGCCCAGAAAUGUUUCUGUGGUUCCGCCAACUGUCGGGGUUAUCUGGGUGGAGAGAACCGGGUCAGCAUUCGCGCCGCGGGAGGCAAAAUGAAAAAGGAACGGUCGCGUAAAAAAGAUUCGGUGGAUGGAGAAUUAGAAGCUCUCCUAGAGAACGGCGAAGGGCUCUCAGAUAAGAACCAAGUCCUCAGCUUGUCCCGUCUGAUGGUGCGAACCGAGACACCUGAACAAAAGCUCACCUGUCUCAAACUCAUCCAGAUGUCUUCAAAGGCCAAGGAGCCCACUUCAGAUGAAGGAAGUAGCGGGGAGCAAAGGAAAGUCAAUGCCCACGAUGCCGGGAAGAAGAUGGAUGAGAUAAAAGAAGAAGUGCUGGCCUGUUCUACCAUCCCGGUCAUUUUGAAGAACAAGAUCAGAAAGGAGAGUAAAAAAACACCAGGGAUGAAGACAACGAUAGCAAGUCAGCAAAAAGCUCUCACCCCCACAAUUACGCCCCCUACUGAGAUGCCUUCGAAGCCAGAGGACCUCACGACGGAUGAAAGUAUUAACAAGGAUUCCGGAAUUGGUCUCAGUCUGAAGAUGAACAGCGUCGAUGCCCACGAUGCUGAGGUGGAUGUGAUAGCAGCAGAAGAAGACCUGACUUGUUCUACCAUCUCAGCUAAUUUGGAGAAUAAGGAAGGGGCCAGAGAAGCCGUGAAUGGCUCACCAAGGACAGGACAGCAAAAAGACCUCCCCCACACUUCUAGACCCCACACUAAGGUGUCCUCAGAGCGUAAGACCUUUAAUUCAGCUGAAGGAGGGAGAAGGAAGCGAAGGAGGUCCAUCAGUCUUGAUCUGAAGAUGAAGAUCAUCAAAGCCUACCGUGCCAGGAAGAAGGCGAAGAUUAUUGCCCAAGAGGAAGGUCUGGCCUAUUCCACUAUCUUCACCAUUUUGAAAGAUAAGAAAAGGAUCCGAGAAGCCCUCAAGGUGUUACCAGGGACGAGAAAAAUCAUUACACAGCCACGGAAACGCCUCGUCCGCCCAUGUAUCACCCACACCAAGGCAUCUCCAAAGCCGAAGACCCCCAGUUCCGCUGAAGGGCGUAGCAAGAAGCAAAGGACGUCCAUCAGUCUUGAUGUGAAGAUGAGGAUCAUCAGAGCAUACGAAGCCGGGACGAAGGUGCAGGUUAUCUCCAGAGAAGAAGGCCUGGCCCGUACCACCAUCUUCACCAUUCUGAGGGAUCAGAAAAGGAUCAAGGAAGCCAUGAAGGAAUUACCAGGGACAAGAACAAUUAUCACAAAACCACGGAAAGGCCACGUCCGCCCACUUGCACCCCUUACCAAUGUGUCUUACAACCCAAAUCCCACCCAGUUGCCCCCCAUAACAAGGUGUCCACCUCCCCAAAUCCCAACCAAGGUUUCUGCAAAGCCUACCGCCCACAGUUCAGCUGCAGGAAUCAUCAAGAAGCAGAGGACAUCCAUCAAUCUUGAUCGGAAGAUGAAGAUCAUCGAAGCGUACGAAGGUGGGGAGAAGGCGUCCACUAUUGCCAAAGAAGAAGGCCUGGGACACACCACCAUCUUCACGAUUUUGAAGGAUGCGAAAAGGAUCAAGGAAGCCUCGAAGGAAUUGCCAGGGACAAGAAAAACCAUAACAAGGCGACAGAAAGCCCUCGUCCCGCCCGUCCCGCCCCCUGCCGACGUGUCUACGAACCCAGAGACCCCCGCUUCAGCCGAAGGGAACGUCAAGAAGCAGAGGACGUCCAUCGAUCUCAACAUGAAGAUGAAGAUCAUUGCAGCGCAUGAAGCCGGGAAGAAGGCAACUCUGAUCGCCCGAGAAGAAGGCCUGGCCCAUACCACUGUCUGGACCAUUUUGAGAGAUAGGAAGAAGAUCAGAGCGCUGGCCAAAGGAUCCGCAGGAACGGACACCACCAUAACCAGACACCGAACGGGCCUCAUCCACCAGACGGAACAGUUGCUGGUGCUUUGGAUCGAGGAUCAGAUCCGAAAGAGGAACCUGAUCAGCUUCCCUCGCAUUCAAGAGAAGGCGCUCAGCAUUUUCGCAAUCCUGAAGGAGCGAGCCAGCGAGGCCUGGGCCCAAACCUUCGACGCCAGCCGCGGUUGGUUUCUGCGGUUUCAGCGAAGAUUUAAUUACCAAAACAUACCCACCAAGGGGGAAACCACAGGCCUUGACCAAGACGCUGCCCGACGGUUCCUGGACGAGCUUGAUGACCUCCUAGCGGAAGGGGGUUAUUUGCCUGAACAGAUAUUCAGCGUGGACAAAACCAGGUUAUCCUGGAAACAGUGGCCAGAGGGCACCUACCUGCACCGAGGAGCCCAAGCUGUGCCUGGAUAUAAAAUCUUUCACGACCGAAUCACUGUGCUCUUGGGUGGAAAUGUCGCCGGGUUCAAGCUGAAGCCGUUUCUUAUCCACAAAUCGGAGGGUCCGUUUGCAUUCCAAAACCUCGUCCAGGACACCCUGCCCGUGUAUUACCGAUCCGGUCAGAAGAUUUGGAUGACACGCGCCCUCUUUGAGGACUGGUUGAUGACUUGUUUCACACCCCAAGUCAAGGACUAUUGCUUGCAAAAGACAAUUCCUUUUAAAAUUCUCCUGAUCGUCAGCCACGCACCGGGACAUCCCCUGCAUCUGAAUAAUCUCCAGCCAGAUGUGAAGGUGGUUCACCUGCCCAGAAACACCGGCCCUCUCCUGCAUCCGAUGGACCAGGGAGCUGUCACAGCCUUCAAGGAGUUUUAUUUGCAGGCCGUCUUGACCGAAGCGAUAGCCAUGAUGGAAAAGAGCAGGGUGAGCUUGAACGAGUUUUGGAGACGGUACGACAUCCUCCGUUGCAUGGGAAACAUUGCAACGGCGUGGCAGGGUGUCAGUGUGACCUGCAUGCAAGGCCUUUGGGGAAAGUGCUUAAAACGUUUUGCGGAUCUCGUCAGGAACUUCGAAGGAUUCGACCCUGACGAAUAUUUGGACCAAACAAACCAGAACAUUUUGACCCUCUCCCAGGCCCUCAAUUUACAGAUUGAUGCUGAAGCCGUGAAAAAGUGGGUAGCGUCUAUGGAGGGAGAACUUUCCAAUGACGACUUAAUUGAACUAAGAGAAGAACUGUCCACCCAGCAAGUGAUGGAGGAAGGGGAAGAAGAAGAACAGAUAGAAAUUAAGCCUAAAAAUUUCACCAUGAAAAGAUUGGCUCGUGUUUUCUCGGACGUUGAGAAAAUUUUAUCAGAAUUGGAAAAGAUGGAUCCAGACACAGAACGUUUUGAAUGGGUACGUGAGAGAAUCCUUGAAAUCCUGCAGUGUUACCGCGAAAUAUAUGAAGAGAAAAAGAGAAAACAGAAUGCAAACGAAAAUUAGUGAAUUCUUUAAGGAAGUUAAUUCAAUCAUUCCUCUCCGGGGAUAGGAAUAAAACAUCCAGACAAUUGUCAACCCUCAGCUAUGUCAGCGUAUCCGAAAUUUUCAAAAUCACAGAAAAAGACUAAGUUUGCUUUCAUUCAAAAAACACUAAUUUUGGGUUUUAUAUCUGGUUAGUUUUAUCUUUACAGGUCCUACAAUUGAACUGUUUUAUUUUUUUAAAGCAACGUCAUGAUGGCCAGUUUUUACUUGUGUAAUAAACUAACUUUUUUUUAUGCUGAGAUUCGGUUUAACCUUUUUGUUUUGAAUUUAGGCUACUUUAGGCUAAAAACAUGGCUACAGUGUUAAAACUUUAGAAAUCUCGAUGUCCUUUAAAUUGUCAUAACAAUAUGCAAAGUUUUGAAAGGUAGUAAAUUAUUACAGUGUAUUUUUUAAUCAUAAAAAUAUGUUGGGAUUGAAGAGAUCUUUGAAGUAGAAUGUUCAAAAGGUUAUUAAAAAUGUCCAUUUUAUGAAAAAUAAAAAAAAAUUGAAUACAGAAAUCUGUAGUUAAGUCAUAAUUGCAAUGGUCACGCUUAGGCUACUGUAAUUUUCACUUAGUGAACAUUUCACAUGUUGCAGUCACUAAAUGAGGACUUACCUGUAUUUACAUUAAACAGCCUUCAGAGACCUCAACAGAAUUAUGCAGGCCACUUUAGCUGACUGUGUUCAGCAGGUCAAUGGUUCAAAUCUCACCGGCU